ACAUCGCGACUUUGAGCGUAUACAAAGUAGAUUUUCAGUUGGUUUGAUUAAAAUACUUGUUGGAAAUAAUCCAGGCAAGAUUAAUUCCGAGAAAGUACUGCGUAAUUGUGAAUUAUCAUGGAAAUGAUAGAAGUUCUUAGAAAAUAAGGGAAAAUCCAGGAAGAGAUUAGCAAUUGUAUGUUUGUGAAGAAGAUGCAAGAAACGCCGGGCCAAAUGUUGCUGGUUCCAAUUCUUCUCAUUUGUGUUGUAAUGCCAAAACUUCUUGGUGCCCUUGAAAACCAAAGCCCAAUCUCUGCAACAUUCAAUCAAUCAUAUUUUGAACAUAACUCUACUAAAAGAUGGGUGCCCCUCCUUCAGGAAACCCAGAGAAAAAAUCAUGCAAGAGGAUUGUUGCCGGAAGUGGGAGUUUGCGGACCGGUAAAAAAUGGACAUCGUGAGAGAAACAAUGUAGCAGAUAUUGACGAACACCCUUGGACAGCUUUAUUGGAGUAUUCUAAACCUGGGAAUAGAACAGGGUUCCAUUGCGGCGGCGUCCUUAUCAACAAGCGCUAUAUUGUAACCGCUGCUUCAUGUGUCAAGGCUGAGGAAAUUCCUGCAAAAUGGAACUUAACAAGCGUCAGAUUAGGCGAAUGGAAUACCCAAACUGAAACCGAUUGUCAGAAUAAAAAGUGCAGUAAUACACCGAUAAAUGUCGCCAUUGAGAAGCUUAUUAUCCAUGAAAAUUACAACCCCAAGUCAGUGAAUCGAUCAAAUGACAUUGCACUGCUUCGACUUGCGCGAAACGUGUCAUUCACAGAUUGGAUUAGACCUUUGUGUUUGCAAGGACAUUCACGGAAGGCGAAACACAAAGAAUAUUUUAAAGUUAAUGGUUGGGGGUUGUUAGAAAAUGGCACUAGAAGUGAUAUCAAACUAAACGUCCAUGUUCAAGGCGUUAAUCUUCCCAAAUGUAACGCAGUCUAUGGAGUAAUAGGAAUCUCCUUGGAAAAGAGCCAAUAUUGCGCAGUUCCCAAGGAAGGAUACCAUUCUUGUACAGGUGAUGCAGGAAACGCUUUGAUUGGAGUGGAUACUACUAAAUCUGGCCAACUUUAUAACUUUUUAUUCGGAAUUGUUUCAUUUGGCCUUAACCCGUGCAUGACAAGCAGUUGGCCAGUAGUUCACACUCGAGUUAGCUCAUAUAAAGGAUGGAUCCAGAAGCAAAUUGCACCAUAGAUUUCAAAUGUCUGCUACGCUUUCAACAAUUUCAAUUUCCACUUCAGGUUCACUUGAUUAUUCGAGUGUUAUAUAUAAAUAUAUAAAUCAAACAUUUCCCAGCUCCUUUAAACUUAUGAAUAUUAUAUACUAUAGCAUAAGAAUGAAAUCCGAGUCGACUACGAUUGUAUACUUGAUACCGCUUAGAUAGGUUUAGCGCUGAAAUAUGUUCUGUAAUUACACAAUAUUAUUACGACGACCAUUUGAAAUUAUUAAGAAUUGUGAAAAUUCCAUUGAUAUCCAUAUAUGUACGUAUUAAAACUCUGCCUAACUUCC